AUGAAUGGGUUGGAACAAGCUUUAGGCAGUGCUUUUUCGCAUAUGCAGUCGACGGGGAAAAAGCUUCGUUGUGAACAGCUUCUGACUGCCAUAGCAUCUGUUGCUGAUGCGGCACAAGACUUGUUCAUAGAAUUCUAUGAUCGAAUUGUCCCUAAUCUUAAGUUUAUUUUGGUAAAUUCAACAUCUGACGAUCAUAAGGUCCUUCGUGGAAAGACGUUAGAGUCCCUAUCCUUGAUUGGUGUUGCUGUCGGCAAGGAAAAAUUCCGAGAAGACGCAAUCGCCAUUAUGAACCUUCUGCAGGAGUCAAUGCCAACACUGACUUCCGAUGAUCCUCAAUGCUCGUACAUGAUUUGCAGUUGGACGCGUAUAUGCAAGGUGCUAGGCAAGGAGUUUGCACCGUACUUGCCUAUGGUUAUGGGUCCUGUUUUGCAGACGGCUGCGUAUAAACCCGAUGUUGCAGUCUUGGAUGAAGACCAAUGCAACAAGGACGAUCCAGCUUGGUCUUAUCAUUCUGUUGGCGACAACAAGAGUUUUGGUAUCCGCACUGCUGGUCUUGAUGAGAAAGCGGAUUCGUGCGCUAUGUUAGUUUGCUAUGCUAGAGAUUUGGAAGAAGAAUUCAUGCCAUACGUUGACGAAGUGGCAAAAUUGUCAGUAGAAAACCUGCGGUUCCUGUUCGUCGACAGUGUUCGCUGUUCAGCAGCUGAAACGCUGCCCUGGUUACUUAAAUGUGUCAAAGUUCAGGGAGUAGAAUUCCAGCGUCGUUUGUGGGUAGAGUUUUUGCCUGCGUUGUGCACUGCGCUAGAAGCCGAGAACGAGGUGGAGGUGAUUGAAAGUUUGGUGGACUCCCUUGCGGAAAGUGUUCUCCAGCUCGGUGCUACGGGACUCUCCAAAGAGGAUGUAGAGAAAAUCGCCACUGUGAUUUCUGAGCAGAUAAAGGAACACGAGAAACGCCGAUUGGAGGCUGAAGCGGAGGAAGCUGAGGAGGAUGCCGAUGUUGAUGACGUCAAAGAUAAGCUGAGUGAUGAGGCGGAAAUGGAAGGAGAAGUCCUCGCCCGUAUUUCGGAUCUUAUUCACAACAUGUUUGAGACGUUCGGUGAAUGCUUCUUCGAUUGCAUGGAACCACUUCUGCCUGAAAUAUUACAACUUAUCGAUGUUCGGCGAUCGUAUCCUUCGCGGCAAUAUGGCCUCUGCUACAUUGACGAUUGUAUAGAAUUUGCGCCAAAGAGAUGUGCGCAAUAUCAAGAACAGUAUGUUCCCAUAAUGCUGAAAUGCCUCGCUGACGAAUAUCCCGAAGUUCGACAAGCAGCCGCUUAUGGAUUUGGAAUUAUGGGCAUGAUAGGUGGAGCGGAUUAUCUGAAUAGCGUAACAAGUGCUCUUGAACCAUUAGCCGCUAUGGUGAACAGUCCUGACGCCAGAUCUACGGAGGAGAGUUCUGGUGCGACAGACAAUGGUAUUGCUGCCGUGGCGAAGAUUUUGAAGUAUUCCGGUGCUAAUGUUGAUAUCGCUCAAGUUGUACCUGCAUUCUUGUCUUGGUUACCAACUCAUGAAGAUGUUACCGAAGCACCACACAUAUAUGGCUAUCUUGCUGACUUGAUUGAGUCUGAUCAUCCGGUUGUUCUUGGUAAAGAUAACUGCAAUUUACCACGGCUAGUAUUCAUUAUCGUAUCUGCGUUUGCUUUGGAAGCUUUCCCACCAAAUGAUGAAGGAGCAGCAGUAGCUCAGCGGUUGCAGCACAUUCUCAAAGUGUUACACAACAAUACGGAAGGUGUUCGAAGCUGUUGUUCAAGCCGCUCAGCUCGACGAGAAGAAGACGGAGACAUUGCGUGGCUUGAUUUCAUGAUUUCUCACUGUACUAGUUGUGACUAUGUUGUUUUGUUUGUGCGAUAUAGAUCGUUGUUAUUGUUGAUGAGCGGUCGUUUCAUCAUAUCGCUCAAGUCCCUUUCACAGUUGUUGCCGGUGCGAGGCUCUCAUGAAUAUUCGUUCUAG